AGAGAUUUUCGCGCAACACUUUCACCGCGCUGGAGAGCACUUCCUAACUAGGUUUACACAUAUAUAUCCUCGCUUUUUUUAAUCGUGUUGACGAGAUACUUUAAGUAGAAGUAGUAAGGCGACGAUUUUUUCAUUAUUCAAUUAUUCGGAAAUCGUUGUGAAAAGAGGCUUUUUGAGUGCAAUUUUGUCACGUCAUUUUGGACUCUCCAAACAUCAAUUCAAAAGUAUCUUUGGCGGCAAAAUGUCUUAAAAGAUAAACAAAAACAACAGUUAAAAUACUACUCAAUAUAUCGAUAUGAUGACACUGUGUCGCUCAAUAUAAAGAAAGGAAAAAAAAAAGRAAAAGGAAAGACACUAUAAKACUUCUUUUAAACACUUAGUUGCCAGGCAGCCAAAAUUUAAGGAGGCUGUCACCUAAAAAUCCAUGCUGACUUCUUUUUUGACGUGAAACGCCGUCAGUCCGAAAACCCCUAUUAGAACGAAUACAUCGAUUUGCUGCCUGAGCACUUCCGUGGACGUGCAAUUUCAUCAUUUAUCAAAACGUAAGCGUAAAAGAAAUUACGUUUUGCUUAAAUUCUUCAAUGAAUUUGUAAAUAUUUAUCCUCGAGUCAGGAAAUGAAGGCGAAUGAAAGCAACGAGUUCGUUCAACUCGGCUUUUUUUCCGUUUUGUAUUUAUCGUUUUGUGUCAUUUGCGGUAGUCACAAGCUUCCUUUAGAUGUCUCGGGUUUCUUUUCGAAUGGUAAACAUAUUAAGAGAGAGAGUGAUGUAUUGUGAUCAACGUAUAAGGUAUGAGGUUUUGACCUUUCUUGUCACCAACUAGCCGCAGCGCGUCGCGCGCUUCGAAUAGCGGGCAAAGCUGCGAGCGGCCAMAAACGUAGGAAGAACCGGAUCAAAUUUCGUGUCAUAGCCGAGCUUUGAUACGCUCACAUGCGARCCGUGGUAAUCUAGGCUAUUACAAAGUAAACAAAAUGUUGAUGUUUAACUCCCUUGUCUGACAGGACACAGUAAAGAAGUCUGSAAGACACUGAAUCAACGUUAUGAACUGCUCAAACGCGAGCGGCUUGAAUUCAUCGUGUAAUGAUAUUUCCACGAGGCAAGGUUGUUCCCCUGGUAUAAACGUCAAGAUAGUCCUUCCACAGCUUCUUGGACUGAGUGUUGUUAGCAUAUUUACGAUCUUUGGGAACACACUCGUUUGCAUUGCGUUUGCCACGAAUAAAAGGCUAAGAAUAUUGACAAAUUUUUAUGUUGCUUCGUUGGCCAUAAGCGAUGUCUUAGUUGCUGUCUUCAAUAUUCCGUUAUGGAUGUACUGGAGUGCUAUUAAUUACUGUGGAAUACAUAACAACAGACUUUACGAGGCUUACGUCAUCUUCGAUAUACUGUGUGGUACUGCGUCCAUAUGGAACAUGGUUGCCAUUAGCAUUGACAGACUUUUGGCAGUAGUACAUCCAGCUGUUUACCGAGCCAGAGCCAAGAAGCCUAAAUUCGCUGCGUGGAUUAUCGUUUACGUUUGGAUCUUCUCGACGAUUAUGGGUCUUUUACGUAUGACGUACAAAAWGUGGGAUUACGCACUGUUCUUAGUAAUUAUGAGUUUCUUUAUACCGUUAACCGUAAUUCUAUUAUCUUACGGAAAAAUAUAUCGAGUGGUUCGCCAACGCGCUAAAUGGACGGGUUCAGUUCUUAUGGAAAUUCGCCUUGCGUGGAUGCUGGCCAUCGUUAUUGGCGCGUUUGUGUUAUGCUGGGGGCCAUUCUUUGUAUUCAACAUCGUUGCGUACUACUGUCGCCGCAAGUGUUCUUACGGAAAAGCGCCGUUAAUAAUCAAAUGGUUUCAAUAUACGUCGUCUUGUAUCAACCCCAUUAUAUACACAAUAAGAAACAAAGAAUUCAGAUACACUUUCCAUAGACUUAUUUUCCGUUGUAAGACCCGUAACGGCUCGUACCGGUUCAACGAAUCACGCCCCACGAAGCGUACAACGUGUUGCGGAUGCGUCUCAAUCCCGGACUUUGAGAAUUUCGAGACGAGGUCACGUGGUGGUACUUUUACGGAAGAAAGUCAAGUUACAGUGGCAGGGUCCACGGUGCAUAACGCAAGUAAUGGAGGAUCAAUCAAGAUUUUGUCGUUCACAAAUGGUGUCAUGGCGUACGAUGCCAGAAACGGACAUAGCGAUCAUGCGGCAACGUGAAAGAACCCAACGAUACGCAAAAUCAUGGUUCAAACGUUAUGGAAAAUAACCUUAUUUUUCCGCAUGGUUUACGCUAGAGUGCCGGAAGAACMACGUAYGGAUUCCKUAAGUCAAAUAAACGAUUCAGCAAGGAACUCGCAAAAAAAUUCAUAAAGACUUUAUAAGGACCAAGUAAGAUAUUCGUAAAGAUCACGGAAAAGUUAAUUUUGAAAAAGUGUUGUCGGGUUCUAAAAGAUUACAUGGGAAGUCAACACUGCAAUUCCGAGUUCUGGUUUGGUCURCAGACUCAAAACCACGCAACAUAUUCUUUCGUUUCAUUGAUAGCCCGAGAAAAAGCAUGGAAUUUUUGAAGAAAGACAAUAAAAUUGAUUUGAGAUCUCUCACAUUUAUGCUCGCGCCCUGGCUCGCGCAUAAAGCAUUGGAGACUUCGGGACUGGAUUAUAGUUCCAUUUCCAAGAUAUUGAAUAAUCUGCUUAAAAUAGGACGUCCUCUACCAAUAGUGCUACAAUGUACAUGUUUUAUGCAAAGUCGAUUCCAAAUUCCGAGUACCCACAAUCCCCUUCGGUCUCAGCUUCAWUGUUUUCACCUUUUUGAGCCUGACAACGUUUCUUCAAUGAGUUGUGUCGCAAAAAAUGCAAAAUGUCUUGCGCYCAAAUUUUAUUUUGCAAAUCAAAGUGCAAAUCACCAGUGACUUUGUUAAAACUGAUAAGAUAGAUACUGAAAUAAUGCAGCAAGAAGAUUAGUAGAAAAAGUGUACAGGUCUUAAUAAUCAUCCAAAAACAUUGAACUCAGCGAUCCAGAACUCAACGUUCGGUUUGCCGAAUGCGGYUAAAGCUGAGCCUAUUUAUAAGGAACACGAAAAAAGACGCGCCUAGUUCGAGUCGUUACAUUUAACUUGAUUCCUGAGUAAGAACUUAAACCCGUGAAACAAAAUCAAUUCCCGUCCGCCRUGAAAAAGAUACGACYAUCUAGUUGAUUYARGUUGAUAAAGAACAAAAGAGUAACUUUAAGCCUUACUAUUCUUGCACCACCAAAUGAAAACRAACACGAAAGAAAACAAUAAAAUUARCGACUGCUAAGAUGCAUUACUAAUGGAAAUCUACACCGACACCAUUUUGUGCAACAAAUUAUGAUGGGAGUUGUACUCGCACGUSCUUCUUARGCGUWUUUGCCUUUUCYUKKCAAAAAUAGCAAAUAUAGGCCGUUUCUACAAAGAAAACAUAAAAGCAGCUCUUUAUUGGRGRUAUAAAAAGUGCGACGACUACAACUCCGUCGUAUAACUCUAGAUCUUUUUCUUUUAUGACUCACUCGAAAUUGACAAUUACGAAGAUUUUGUUUCACGGRUUUAAUGUUUUCACUCUAUUUCACGGACUAAAUGCAACGCACUAAAGAGUAUAGGUUAGGUUUAGAUAAUAUUUUUAUAUAUUUCAAGACGUGUACUAUUCAGYGUGUCAAUGUGUGCGUUGUGAAGAGACAAAUUGACGUUAACCAAUAAAAUAAAGUAUUUCAGUGAAAUAUAGACAAUAAAAUGGGAAAAGUAUAUAAUAAAAUGGGAGAAAUUUUCA